CAAGCUAUCGAUAGUUUUUUUGCAACGCAACGGGGUGGCGAAACGCUGCUGAAAUUAAGCUGAAAACCGUGUUAUAAACCCGCAAGCCGUGGCCAAACAGCGAACCGAUGCCUUUUCGCUGCAAAAUGUGAUGUUUGCCGGGCACAGCAAACGCUCGGCGACCGCAAACACAGUGCAAAAACACAGCCUCUGACCUGACCCCAAGCGCGUCACCCGAAAGUGGGAAAGAGAGAGACAGCGAGCGAGUGGGAGGGAGAAAAACUAGCGCUGCCCCGAAGACGUUGGAAUUUCGUGAACUGUUUGUUGUUGCAGCCCAACAAUAACGGUAGAGACAGCAGCGGCAGCAACAGCAACAACAACAAAUACCAAUGACAAAGUGAAACCGACUGCGCUGCCCAACGAACAACAACAACAAUAAGAGCAAACAAAACAAAACUGUGAUCUCUGCUUUAAAUUUUUUUAUUUUGCGGGGCAAUUGUUCAAUUUGGCUGUGCUCGAAAGUAAAUUUAGUCAACUCGUUACGCGUAUUUGCGGUGUUUGGCAACGCUUUUUCCAACCGACGACUGGAAAAUCAAUUCUUCGGCUUGCCAAAGGGCAACAACAACUAGCAGUUGUUGAAGUUUUUUUUCUGCUGCUGCGGCCCAGCCCAAAACAAAAAGCAAAGAAGAGGAGGAGGAGAAAUAUAAAAGAGGAAGAAGCAGCGCAGCCGGAUUUGCAAAUAGUUGCCGCUGCAAGGAGGACGGAUAGACACCCGGAACGAUGGCCUACCGCAAGCCCAGCGAUCUGGAUGGCUUCAUCCAGCAGAUGCCCAAGGCGGAUAUGCGCGUGAAGGUGCAGCUCGCCGAGGAUCUGGUGACAUUCCUGAGCGACGACACAAACUCGAUUGUCUGCACGGACAUGGGCUUCCUCAUCGAUGGGUUGAUGCCCUGGCUGACGGGCAGCCACUUCAAGAUUGCACAAAAGUCCCUGGAGGCGUUCUCGGAGCUUAUCAAGCGACUGGGCAGCGAUUUUAAUGCAUACACAGCCACUGUUCUGCCACAUGUGAUCGAUAGGUUGGGAGACAGUAGGGACACAGUCCGCGAGAAGGCCCAACUUCUGCUGCGCGACCUCAUGGAGCACCGAGUGCUUCCGCCCCAGGCGCUGAUCGAUAAGCUGGCCACCAGCUGCUUCAAGCACAAGAACGCCAAGGUGCGCGAGGAAUUCCUGCAGACAAUUGUAAAUGCGCUUCAUGAGUAUGGCACCCAGCAGUUAAGCGUGCGCGUCUAUAUUCCACCAGUUUGUGCCCUGCUCGGCGAUCCCACGGUCAAUGUGAGGGAAGCUGCCAUUCAGACGCUGGUCGAGAUCUACAAACAUGUGGGUGAUCGCCUGCGACCAGACCUACGUCGCAUGGAGGACGUGCCCGCAUCGAAAUUGGCGAUGUUGGAGCAAAAGUUCGACCAGGUCAAACAGGAAGGCCUUCUGAUGCCUUCAGCCCUGAAAAAUACCAAUGGCAAUGGCAAUGGAGUGGGCUUGGAUGAGGCCGACAACAUUGGGGUUAGGGAGCGACCCACCCGGAUAAUGAAGCGGCCACUGCACUCGGCUGUCUCGUCAUCACUGCGCUCCAAACCCAGUACGAACGAUGUGAGCGGCGAUGCCGGCGCCGUGACCAUGGAGACCUUUGAGGCCAGCUUUGAGACGGUCCCACAGUUAAACAUCUUCCACGCCAAGGACAUGGACGACAUCUACAAGCAAGUGCUGGUGAUCAUCAGCGACAAGAACGCCGACUGGGAAAAGCGCGUGGAUGCCUUGAAGAAGAUUCGGGCGUUGCUUGUACUCAGUUAUCACACCCAGCCGCAAUUUGUGGCCGUGCAGCUGAAGGAGCUGUCGCUGAGCUUCGUGGACAUCCUCAAGGAAGAGUUGCGCUCGCAGGUGAUCCGCGAGGCAUGUAUCACCAUCGCCUAUAUGUCAAAGACGUUAAGGAACAAGCUGGAUGCCUUUUGCUGGAGCAUUUUGGAGCACCUGAUCAAUCUUAUACAGAAUAGCGCUAAGGUCAUAGCUUCAGCCUCCACGUUGGCUUUGAAGUACAUCAUCAAGUAUACGCACGCGCCGAAGCUGCUCAAGAUCUACACCGAAACCCUAAAUCAGUCAAAAUCUAAGGACAUAAGAUCCACACUCUGCGAGCUAAUGGUGCUGCUCUUCGAGGAGUGGCAGACCAAAUCGCUGGAGAGGCAUGGCACUGUUCUAAGGGAUACUUUGAAGAAGUCCAUUGGUGAUGCGGACAGCGAGGCUCGCCGCCAUUCCAGAUGUGCCUACUGGGCUUUCAGACGUCACUUUCCGGAACUGGCAGAUCAGAUAUAUGGCACCCUAGAUAUAGCUGCCCAGCGGGCAUUGGAAAAAGAGCGAGAUGGCGGUGGAGGAGGAGGAAGUGUUGCUCCACCGGAAACAAGACGAACUGUAUCCCGUAUUGGCCGAACUCCUGGAACUCUGCAAAAGCCCACGCCCAGUAUGAGAUCCAUUUCGGCCGUGGACACUGCUGCUGCCCAAAGAGCCAAAGCCAGGGCUCAAUAUACACUCUAUUCAAGACAAAGGAAGCCUCUGGGUCCCAGCAAUUCCCAGCAGGCACCGAUGACAGGAGCAGCGGCCAGUGGGUCCCUCCCCAGGCCACGUCUAAAUUCCAAUAGCGGUGGCACGCCGGCCACCACGCCGGGAUCGGUAACGCCACGCCCCCGAGGACGAGCAGGAGUGUCUCAAUCACAGCCAGGAUCACGUUCCACCUCUCCAAGCACUAAGCUGCGGGAUCAGUACGGCGGAAUUAGUAACUACUAUCGUGGAGCCACUGGCGCCAUACCCAAGAAGGCCUCAGGAAUACCACGAAGCACAGCCAGCUCCAGGGAAACGAGUCCAACUAGGUCAGGUGGUGGCCUGAUGAAGCGCAGUAUGUACUCCACAGGAGCGGGAUCCCGACGAACGCCUGAGAGGAACAACCCCGUGAGACCAUCGGCGGCAGCUCGACUUCUGGCGCAAUCCCGAGAAGCGGAGCACACACUAGGCGGCGCAGAUGAUGGACAACCGGACUACGUGUCCGGCGACUACAUGCGCAGCGGUGGAAUGCGGAUGGGCAGGAAGCUACUGGGUCGCGAUGAGUCCGAUGACAUCGAUUCCGAGGCCAGUUCUGUGUGCUCAGAGCGAUCUUUCGACUCCAGCUACACUAGAGGCAAUAAAUCCAACUACUCGCUCAGCGGGAGCCACACCCGUUUGGACUGGAGCACGCAGCGGGCGCCAUUUGACGACAUUGAGACGAUCAUUCAGUUCUGCGCCUCGACGCAUUGGUCUGAAAGAAAAGAUGGGCUGAUCAGUCUCACACAGUAUCUAGCCGAUGGAAAGGAGCUCACUCAGCAGCAGUUGCAAUGCGUCCUGGACAUGUUCCGCAAGAUGUUCAUGGACACACAUACCAAGGUUUACUCGCUAUUCCUGGACACAGUCACUGAGCUGAUUCUGGUACAUGCGCCCGAGCUGCACGACUGGCUUUUCAUCCUUCUGACGCGAUUGUUCAACAAACUGGGCACCGACCUCCUCAACUCGAUGCACAGCAAGAUUUGGAAGACGCUACAGGUGGUUCACGAGUACUUUCCAACGCAGUUGCAGCUCAAGGAGCUAUUCAGGAUCAUCUCGGACUCCACGCAGACGCCCACAACCAAGACGCGUAUCGCCAUCCUGCGCUUCCUCACAGAUUUGGCCAACACAUACUGCAAGAGCAGCGACUUCCCUAGCGACCAGAGUCAGGCCUGCGAGCGAACGGUCCUUAAGCUGGCCCAGUUGGCGGCGGACCAGAAGUCGAUGGAACUGCGCUCCCAGGCCAGGAGCUGCCUGGUUGCCCUUUAUAACCUUAACACGCCGCAAAUGACCCGGCUGUUGGCCAAUCUGCCAAAGGGAUACCAGGACUCGGCCCGCUCCUGCAUCCAGUCGCACAUGCGGCGGCAAAGCCAAAGUGGCAACUCGGGUGCCAAUUCGCCUAGUAGCUCUCCAUUGAGCAGUAGCAGUCCCAAGCCCCUGCAAAGUCCCUCUGUGGGUCCAUUUGCCUCGCUCCAGAGCCACCACCAGCUCAGCCUGAGCUCCACUAGUCCCCGCUCGCGGCAGUCCUCUGUGGAGCAGGAGCUGCUCUUCUCCUCGGAGUUGGACAUUCAGCACAACAUUCAAAAGACGUCGGAGGAGAUCCGGCACUGCUUCGGCGGCCAGUACCAGACGGCGCUGGCGCCCAAUGGCUUUAAUGGACACCUGCAGUAUCACGAUCAGGGCCAGCAAGACUCGUGUGCCUCUUUGUCUUCCAACUCCAAGACGCAGUCGUCGGCCAACACCACGCAGUCGAAUACUCCGGAGUCGGCCACCAUGCGUCUAGAUAACCUGGAUCGGGAUAGAGCCACCCAGAAUGCCAAGUCGCCACAGCCAACAGGCGAUGCCAAGGUGCACGUGGUGUCGCUAAGCAUGGCGGAGAAUGGUGAAUUGAUCCUGCCUAGCGACCUGAUGGAAAGCGAGGUGGUGCGUGUGGCCUUGACAUUAACGAAAGACCAACCCGUGGAGCUGCUGCAGACGUCGCUAACAAACCUCGGGAUCUGCAUCAAGGGCGGGAACUGUGAGCUGCCCAACAAGCACUUUAGAUCGAUCAUGCGAAUGCUGCUCAACAUUCUAGAGGCAGAGCACACGGACGUGGUCAUAGCCGGUCUGCAUGUGCUCAGCAAGAUCAUGCGCAGCAACAAGAUGCGGCACAACUGGAUGCAUUUCCUGGAGCUGAUUCUGCUGAAGAUCAUCCAGUGCUAUCAGCACAGCAAGGAGGCUUUGCGGGAAAUUGACUCGAUGAUACCAAGGAUAGCACCAUCUCUGCCACUGGACCUGUCUAUCAACAUUGUCAAUCCGGUGAUUGCGACGGGCGAGUUCCCCACCAAUCUGUGCGCCAUCAAGAUCUUGCUGGAGGUGACCGAGCACCAUGGCACGGAGAUCACGGACGCCCACCUGGACAUUGUGUUCCCGAAUCUGGCGCGAUCGGCGGACGACAUGCAGUCUAUGGUGCGAAAGGCGGCGGUCUUCUGCAUCGUCAAGCUGUACUUUGUCCUGGGUGAGGAGAAGGUCAAACCGAAGCUGUCCGUGCUGAAUCCCAGCAAGGUGAGGCUGCUCAACGUGUACAUUGAGAAGCAGCGCAACUGCAUCAGCGGCGGUGGAGGUGGAAGCUCCACUAAGAACUCGUCGGCGGCAUCCUCGUCAUGAUUGCGGGAGGCUUCGCCGAGGUUCCUGCACCAGCACCUUAAACAAGACACGGACGGAGUUGCGUCCCUCGGCCUACGAAGGAAGUGAGGAGCGGCGGACAUUAAUUGAUAUAUAAUACAUAAACUAAUUAUUUAUAACUAAUUAUUACCGAGAUCCAAUGAUCGAUGCGUAUAUAAAGCAGACGCAAAGCGAUAAAACCAGCUAAUUGUACUAAAAUUGUAGCCAACUCCGCAAUCCUCACCCCUCACCUAUAAACUAUUUAUCCCUCAGUCGCUCAGUUGUAUGUGUUUUCACCAGCUACCAGCUCCUAACUAUUUACGAUGCUUCUGUUUAGUUUGUAAGCCUAUAUUUCGCUCAUUUGGGAGCCCAGGAGACUUCGUAUCCUUAUUUCGUUUCCGCUCAACUAAAUUCUAAACACUAUUAUUAUUACUACGAUUCUGCUCUUCUUACAACUGAACUAUUUUUGUAAUUAAUUUAAACACACAAACCCACACAAAAUGAUAAAAACAAUAAACAACUUCUAGGUUA